UACGGAUUUACCGGUUGAUUGAAAUGCACUUGCUUCGGUGCAAUACGGGUGCAAGCCUGGCUGUGUAUUUACUGCCCAGACGUGAGGAGCAGCAGCUCUUUCCCAGUUAACAACGCUGUAACGUGCAGUGCAGGAACGCCGCAGGGCAGGUCCAGUCUCAUUGCGCUGUGCCGCUCCGAGAGACAAGGUGCUGGUGUUCUCGCAGACUUCAAGGAAGUGAGGUGAUCUCGCGGGAUCUGUCUUCUGCAAUCCGGUGAAGGAGGCUCCUUGCCCUGCAUCGGCAUCUCCCGUGCAACCGCCUUGUCCGCAGUCUCCUGCCGGCAGCUCGCACGGAAGGCUCCUCCGCGCUUCCCGGAGACACCGGCAGGGAUCGGCUCUCGUCGUCGUGAUUCUGGUCCGAGCGCCCGACUGUCCAUCUUGACAGCCUCUCUCUCCCCCCCCCCUUCUCCCCAUCACCCUCUGUUUUCACCCUCGAUACCUCUCCUCGCUGCCGCUGUCACCUGGCUUCCCGACCGGAGCCCGAAGAUGAUGCCCUGUACUCCGGUGCUAGCGGCCGUGGUGCUGGGGGUCUCUCUGCUGCGGCUGGGUUGCGCUCAGAACGCUGGGUUUGUGAAGUCGCCCAUGUCUGAGACUAAGCUCACGGGAGACACCUUUGAGCUGUACUGCGACGUGGUGGGCAGCCCCACGCCCGAGAUCCAGUGGUGGUAUGCCGAAGUCAACCGCGCCGAUUCCUUCAAGCAGCUGUGGGACGGCGCCCGCAGGCGCCGGGUCUCCAUCAACACGGCGUACGGCGCCAACGGGGUGAGUGUGCUCCGCGUCACCCGCCUCGUCCUGGAGGACUCGGGGACCUACGAGUGCCGGGCGAGCAACGACCCGCGCCGCAACGACCUGCGCCAAAACCCGGCCAUCACCUGGAUCCGCGCGCAGGCCACCAUUUCCGUGCUGCAGAAGCCCCGCAUCAACUCCUCGGAUGAUGUUACCCUGCCCACGGACGGCCACCACAGCCCCCCGUUCACCCUCCAGUGUAACCUGACCAACGCCCACAACACCCACGACGAGAGCUUCUGGAUGAAGAAUGGCGUGGAGAUCUCUGGGACGCGGGGGAAACUCAUGAACACGGAGUACAAGUUGGUGAAGCCGAGGGCGGAUGAUGCUGCCGAGUACAUGUGUGUCUACACCUUCCAGUCGGCCCCCCCAGCCAACGCCACCAUCUACGUCAACGCUUCCCCAGACAUCACAGGCCACAAGCGCAGUGAGAACAAGAAUGAGGGCCAGAGUGCCAUGCUGUACUGCAAGUCUGUGGGCUACCCCCACCCCGUCUGGACCUGGAGCAAGCUGGAGGGGAAGGCGUUUGUGGACAUUGACAACUCCUCAGGCCGCUUCUUCAUUACCAACAAGGACAAUUACACGGAGCUGACCAUCCUGAAGCUGCAGAUCGACUCCGAUCCUGGCGAGUACCAGUGCAACGCCACCAACUUCAUCGGCACCUCGUCCAUCACCACCAUCCUGCGCGUGCGCAGCCACCUGGCACCCCUGUGGCCCUUCCUGGGUGUGCUGGCAGAGAUCAUCAUCCUGGUGGUCAUCAUCGUGGUGUACGAGAAGCGCAAGAGGCCGGACGAGGUGCCCGAUGAUGAUGAACCAGCUGGCCCGAUGAAAACUAACUCUACUAACAACCACAAAGACAAAAACCUGCGCCAGAGGAACACAAACUGAUUGGGUCACUUGACUACUUCAGAUCUAGAGAUGGGUAAAUCACCUGAAGGUAACUGAGGAAGAAGCUCCUGGGAAUUUUUAAUGGAACAAUUUCUUUAGUCUUAAAUUGAGUAAAACAAAAAAGGAACAUGAUGGCUGUGUUAAGCAUGCCUUAUUCAGCCUCGCGUGAACCUGCGAGCAGGAAGACGACAACCAGUUGGGAAGAUGUACAGAACUGUGUGCUCUGUGUGCUGUCAAUGCCGCCUCUUCUUUUGUCCACAGGCAGAAAUUUGUUUUUAAUUCAACUCUUUACAUAUUGUCUAAUAAUGCAUGCAAUAUUAACACCUAUGUGUAUGAUACUCUGAUUGAACUUUUUGUUUCUGAAUGGCUUUGCAUCCAAGGGGAUUAUGUUUGCAUUUUCUUUGCAGUGAAACUCAACAAUAAUCAGGUGAAAACCUCUGUUAAAACAUCUGUACAGCACUACACCUCAUUCCAUCUCGUACAUGAUGCUACCCAAGCACGAUGCUCCGUGCCGCAAAGACUUCCUCUAAACAGAUUAGUUGGAUUUUAAUAUAUCAAAACAUAAGGGCUUUACAUGUGUCCGCUAAUAUUUAAUCAAGAUUGAAAAAGCUAUAAUUACUAUUUAACCAAUUAGGAAAAGCAAUUUAGUGGUUCUGUUUGUAUAUAUUUUUUCUAUAGCAACUUUAGAUGAAUGUGUCUUGUAUAUCUGUUGCACUGACGUAUUAAAAAAAAUAACCUAUAUUUAAACUUAAUUUUAUAAUGUACAUUCCUUUACAUUUUUUCACCUUACUAUAAUUGUUGACAGCAUGGCUAUAUCCUAUGCAAUAUUUAUUAGUCUUGAUUAUCAUCUUCAUCUUCCCCAGGCCUCAACAUUUUUUCUUUCUAGUCUUUCUCUAUGACAGAGCUUUAAUGUUGUGGGUUCACUUUUUACAAAGCUGGAAUAUUGUAAUGCACUGCUGUAGCUGCAUGAUCUUUCUAUUAUACAGUGUAUCCAUAUGUGUUGCAGAGCAGUUAGUCGUAAACUGAGGUGGGACUGGGGAAGGGGUCAGGCCAGUGUAUGAAAUGUGAAUCCAAUCAUUUUUAAGAAUAAACACCUCUAAAAAUA